AUGACUCACCACCAACCCCAAUCCUCGAAUCCAAAACAAUCCACAGACAGACAUGAAACAGACUAUGAGCGGUGGCUGAAAGACCACGAUGAAUAUUACCAACUAGCGGGCAAACCGCGGUAUCAUCCAUCCGACACCGAGAACACGAACGAGGACGAAGACGAAAAUAGCCUUUCGGUUUCGCAACCUGAUACAGAUACCAAGAUGGAUUCAAAACCAACAUCAAAGACAACAGUUUUGCACAGUCAUGCAGAAACUAUCGAUGUCGAUCAGCACGGGGCCGUCGUGCAAGGCUCGCGGUAUGGAUCGGUCCUGUUCGCGAGUAAACACCAAUCGGCGCAGUCGAAGCAUAUCGGUACGAGUGCGGAAAGCACGGUGAUGCGGGUUGGACAGGGAGAGUCGAUGGUAUGCUGUGAGCUUAGCAUCCUCUUUCUGGUGGUUGUCUUGGUGGGGAUGGUUUGGGGCGUGAAGGGGCAUCGAGAUCGAGAUCGACAGCGUCAGUGGCGAGGACGAGGACGGGAACAUGGGGACGUGUCGAUGGACUUGAAGGAUUGUGAAAAGAAUGACUUGAGGCAAGAAGUAUGA